GAUGAAAACAUGGCCGCACCCCUUCUUGCACCCCCAGGACCUGACAGCUUCAAGAAAUUCACCCCAGAGUCGCUUGCUAACAUCGAGCAGCGCAUCAAAGAAGAAAAGAACAAGAAGCCACCCAAGCCCCGAUCGGACAGUAGUCACCGUGACACAUCUGAUGACAAUGAGCCCAAGCCCAACAGUGACCUGGAGGCUGGGAAGAGCCUGCCGUUCAUCUACGGCGAUAUUCCUGAUGGAAUGGCGGCCACACCGCUGGAGGAUUUGGACCCAUUCUAUUUGAAUAAGAAAACAUUUAUAGUCCUAAACAAAGGGAAAACAAUCUUCCGCUUCAGUGCCACGCCUUCCUUGUACAUCUUAAGCCCUUUUAAUCUACUUAGGCGAAUAGCUAUUAAGAUUUUGAUACAUUCGCUAUUCAGCAUGAUCAUCAUGUGUACGAUUUUGACCAACUGUAUAUUCAUGACAUUUAGUGACCCCCCAGAGUGGUCCAAACAAGUAGAGUACACCUUCACAGGUAUCUAUACGUUUGAGUCACUCACAAAAAUUGUCGCCCGAGGAUUCUGUAUAGAUGGGUUCACCUUUCUCAGAGAUCCAUGGAACUGGCUGGAUUUCAUGGUCAUCUCUAUGGCGUAUAUAACAGAGUUUGUAAACCUAGGCAAUGUGUCAGCACUUCGUACGUUCAGGGUUCUGAGGGCUUUGAAAACAAUUUCAGUUAUCCCAGGCCUGAAGACCAUUGUGGGUGCUCUGAUCCAGUCUGUGAAGAAGCUGUCGGAUGUGAUGAUCCUGACCGUCUUCUGUCUCAGCGUCUUUGCUCUGAUUGGACUGCAGCUCUUCAUGGGGAACCUGCGGAAUAAGUGUGUAAUCUGGCCAAUCAACAUGACUGAUCAGUACCUGGCAAACGGCAGCAGGGGCUUUGACUGGGGCAAAUACAUCAUGAAUGACACUAAUUUCUACUUCCUCCCUGGUCAGCUUGAUGCUCUACUGUGUGGAAAUAGUUCUGACUCAGGACGAUGUCCAGAGGGUUUUACAUGUAUGAAGGCCGGAAGGAACCCCAACUAUGGUUACACCAGCUUUGACAGCUUUGGAUGGGCUUUCCUCACCCUCUUUCGCCUCAUGACCCAAGACUUCUGGGAAAAUCUCUACAUGCUGACGCUGCGAGCUGCAGGGAAGACCUACAUGAUCUUCUUUGUGCUUGUCAUCUUCGUGGGCUCCUUCUACCUGGUGAAUCUCAUCUUGGCUGUGGUGGCCAUGGCUUAUGAGGAGCAGAACCAGGCCACUAUUGAGGAGGCGGAGCAGAAAGAGGCUGAAUUCAAGGCCAUGCUGGAGCAGCUGAAGAAACAGCAGGAGGAGACACAGGUUGUGUCUGAGGCUGCUUUAGAAGAUGAAGGAGGGGGGCACUUGUCCCGCAGCUCCUCUGAGGUCUCCAAACUGAGCUCCAAGAGCGCCAAGGAGCGUCGCAAUCGCAAGAAGAAAUGGCGUCAGAAAGAGCAAGAGAAAGAGAAGGGAGACAGCGAAAAGGUUGUUAAGUCAGAGUCAGACGAUGGCAGCAAGAAAAGCACCAUUCGUUUCCCUGGAACCCGGCUCGGGAGGAAGACAUCCCUGUCUCUCCCUCUACAGUCCCUACUCAGCAUCCCAGGCUCGCCCUUCAUGUCGCGCCACAACAGCCGCAGCAGCAUCUUCAGCUUCAAAGGCCGUUCCAAGGACAUGGGCUCAGAGAACGAGUUUGCCGACGAUGAGCACAGUACUGUAGAGGAGAGCGAAGACCGUCGGGGCUCCCUGUUUAUCCCUUACCGCCGCAACAGCUACAGUGGCUACAGCCAAGGCUCAUCACGCAUCCACCCGCUGGCACCCCACUCUGGAGGGAAGAGGAACAGCACAGUGGACUGCAAUGGCGUGGUGUCUCUCAUCGGCCCUGGGCCUGGCAGACGGCUUCUGCCUGAGGUGAAAAUAGAUAAGGCAGCCACUGAUGACACACAGACUACAGACGUGGAGAUUAAGAAGAAGCACUCGGGCUCUCUUAUGGUAUCUGUGGAUCAACUCAACUCCUCCUUCAAAGGAAAGGACCGUGCCAACAGUCAGAUGAGCGUAGUCACCAAUACACUGAUAGAGGAGUUGGAGGAGUCUCAGAGGAAGUGUCCCCCCUGUUGGUACAAGUUUGCGAACAUAUUCCUCAUCUGGGAGUGCUGUCCCAUCUGGCUGAAGAUCAAGCACAUAGUCUACUUGAUUGUCAUGGACCCAUUUGUAGACCUGGCCAUCACAAUCUGUAUUGUCCUCAACACCCUCUUCAUGGCCAUGGAGCACUACCCAAUGACUGAGCAUUUUGAGGGGGUUCUGUCUGUUGGCAACCUGGUUUUCACAGGCAUCUUUGCCGGGGAGAUGUUUGCCAAGCUGAUUGCCAUGGAUCCCUACUACUACUUUCAGGAAGGCUGGAACUGCUUUGAUGGCUUCAUCGUGACUCUGAGUUUGGUUGAGCUGGGACUGGCUGAUGUGGAAGGUCUGUCAGUGCUCAGGUCUUUCCGAUUGUUAAGAGUGUUCAAACUGGCCAAAUCGUGGCCCACCCUCAACAUGCUGAUCAAGAUCAUCGGUAAUUCAGUGGGAGCUCUGGGUAAUCUGACCCUGGUGCUGGCCAUCAUCGUUUUCAUCUUUGCCGUGGUGGGCAUGCAGCUGUUUGGCAAAAGCUACAAGGACUGUGUGUGUAAGAUCGCGCAGGACUGCGAGCUACCUCGCUGGCACAUGAACGACUUCUUCCACUCCUUCCUGAUUGUGUUCAGAGUGUUGUGUGGGGAGUGGAUUGAGACCAUGUGGGACUGUAUGGAAGUGGCGGGACAGACUAUGUGUCUUACUGUCUUCAUGAUGGUCAUGGUCAUCGGAAACCUGGUGGUGCUGAAUCUGUUCCUGGCCUUGCUGCUGAGCUCAUUCAGUGCAGACAACCUGGCUGCCACAGAUGAUGAUGGGGAGCCCAACAACCUUCAGCUUGCGGUUGCCCGCAUUAAGAGAGGGAUUGCCUGGUUCAAGGCUAACAUGCGGGUCUUUGUGGCCACAGUGCUCAAAAAGCAGCCCAUAGAAGAUGAACAGAAGCCCCUGGAUGAAAUGUACGAGAAGAAGCUCAACUGCAUUGCAAACCACACAGUGGAUAUAAACCGUGAACUGGACUAUGCUAAAAAUGGCAAUGGCACGACCAGCGGCAUUGGGAGCAGUGUGGGAAAGUAUAUGAUUGAUGAGGACUACAUGUCCUUCAUCCACAACCCCAACCUCACUGUCUGCGUUCCUAUCGCUGUUGGCGAGUCGGACUUUGAAAACCUUAACACGGAAGACUUCAGCAGUGAAUCCGACGUGGAGAACAGCAAAGACCUGGAUGACACCAGUUCGUCUGAGGGCAGCACAAUAGACAUCAAGCCUGAUGUGGAGGAGGUGGCAGUGGUGGAGGUGGUGGAGGAGUACCUUGACCCAGAACCCUGCUGGACAGAUGAAUGUGUGGCCAAAUACAAGUGCUGUGAUGUUCCCAUCACUCAUGGCUGGGGCAAACAUUGGUGGUUCCUGAGGAAGACCUGCUACCUGAUCGUAGAACACAACUGGUUUGAAACCCUCAUCAUCUUCAUGAUCCUGCUCAGCAGCGGAGCCCUGGCCUUUGAGGAUGUGUACAUUGAGCAGAGGAAGACGGUCCGCAUCAUUCUGGAGUACGCUGAUCGGGUUUUCACCUACAUCUUCAUUCUGGAGAUGCUGCUGAAAUGGGUGGCCUACGGCUUUGUCAAGUACUUCACUAAUGCCUGGUGUUGGUUGGACUUCUUCAUUGUGGAUGUGUCUAUAGUCAGCCUUAUAGCUAAUGCGUUGGGCUUCUCCGAUCUAGGCCCGAUUAAAUCACUCAGGACACUGAGGGCCUUGAGACCCCUCAGGGCCCUGUCACGUUUUGAAGGGAUGAGGGUUGUGGUGAAUGCCUUGGUGGGUGCAAUUCCUUCCAUCAUGAAUGUGCUGCUGGUGUGUCUCAUUUUCUGGCUCAUCUUCAGCAUCAUGGGUGUCAACCUGUUUGCUGGAAAGUAUUACUACUGUUACAAUGAGACGGCUGAGGAGAACUUUGAAACUGAUGACGUCAACAACAGAACAGAGUGUUUCGCACUCAUUAAUGCAAACCACUCUGAAGUCAGAUGGAAAAACGUCAAGAUCAAUUUUGACAAUGUGGGUGCUGGAUACCUGGCACUCCUGCAAGUGGCAACGUUCAAAGGAUGGAUGGACAUUAUGUACGCUGCAAUAGAUUCUAGAAAGGUGGAGGACCAGCCACGCUACGAGGACAACUUAUACAUGUACAUCUACUUUGUCAUCUUCAUCAUCUUUGGCUCGUUCUUCACCCUAAACCUCUUCAUCGGUGUCAUCAUUGAUAACUUCAACCAGCAAAAGAAAAAGUUUGGGGGUCAGGAUAUCUUCAUGACAGAAGAGCAGAAGAAAUACUAUAAUGCCAUGAAGAAACUAGGGUCAAAGAAACCACAAAAACCGAUACCCAGGCCUCAGAACAACAUCCAAGGCAUGGUGUUUGACUUUGUGACGCAGCAAGUGUUUGACAUCUCCAUCAUGAUCCUGAUCUGCCUAAACAUGGUCACCAUGAUGGUGGAGACAGAUGAUCAGACAGAGGAGACAGAGAAUGUGCUUUACUGGGUCAACUUCAUCUUUAUUGUGAUCUUCACUGGCGAGUUUUUACUGAAGCUUUUUGCACUGCGUCACUAUUACUUCACUAACGGCUGGAAUGUCUUUGAUGUCGUUGUGGUCAUCCUUUCAAUUGUGGGAAUGUUUCUGGCCGACCUGAUUGAGAAGUACUUUGUGUCACCAACACUCUUCAGGGUGAUUCGUCUAGCUCGUAUUGGCAGAAUCCUGCGUCUCAUUAAGGGCGCCAAAGGAAUCAGAACUCUGCUGUUUGCCCUCAUGAUGUCCCUUCCUGCCUUGUUCAACAUUGGCCUGCUGCUUUUCCUGGUUAUGUUCAUUUUCUCCAUCUUUGGCAUGUCCAACUUUGGCUAUGUAAAAUACGGGGCUGGAAUUGAUGAUAUGUACAACUUUGAGACCUUCGGCAACAGCAUGAUCAUCCUGUUUAUGAUCACCACGUCAGCUGGCUGGGACGGCCUGCUGCUGCCCAUUCUCAACUACCCUCCAGACUGUGACCCCUUUUUGGAGAAUCCUGGCACCCCCGCUACAGGAGACUGUGGCAACCCUUCUGUGGGCAUUUUCUUCUUUGUUAUGUACAUCAUCAUUUCUUUCCUAAUUGUGGUCAACAUGUACAUUGCCAUCAUCCUGGAGAACUUCAGUGUGGCCACAGAGGAGAGUGCCGACCCACUCAGCGAGGAUGACUUUGAGACCUUUUAUGAGAUUUGGGAGAAGUUUGAUCCUGAUGCCUCCCAAUUCAUCACCUAUGCCAAGCUUUCUGACUUUGCUGAUGCACUAGAACACCCACUCCGAGUCCCCAAGCCCAACACCAUUGAACUGAUCGCCAUGGACAUGCCUAUGGUGAGUGGUGACCGCAUCCACUGCCUGGACAUCCUGUUUGCCUUCACUAAGCGUGUGCUGGGUGACAGCGGCGAGCUGGACAUGUUGAGGCAACAAAUGGAGGAACGUUUUGUGGCAGCCAAUCCCUCCAAGGUCUCUUACGAGCCAAUCACCACCACUCUGAGGCGCAAGCAGGAGGAUGUGUCAGCCAGAAUCAUUCAAAGGGCCUACCGCUCCUACCUGGCUAGGCGGGGCUUUGUCUGUAAGCGCAAACCAGCCAAUAACAAAGUGGAGAACAGCGGGAACAAUCAGGAACAAGAAAAAAAGGAGGGCACUCCCUCAACUGCCUCCCUGCCCUCCUAUGACAGUGUAACCAAACCUGACAAGGAGAAGCAGGAUGACAACAAUGAGGGCAAGGGAGGGAGGAAAGAGAAGGGAAGAAACCAAAAAGACAUCAGGGAAUCUAAAUGUUAGAGCGUUGGAUUAAUAAUCACAGUAAUAACAAUAAAAAUUAUAAUAAUGUAACUUCAAGCAAAGCGAGAGGAAACUCACCCACACAGAUGUACAGAUUAUUUCAUUUGCAAGUCAGAAAAAAAUAAUAUUCAGUAAUUUUGUUUACAGACUUCAUUCUUAUAUUGAUGCCGAGGGAAGCCGCUUGGUCUGUUACUGCUUGAAGACUCUUGAACUUCAGUCCAACCAAACAUAAUCAGCAUACUGUGUGACUUUGUUGUAUCCAGACUAAUGAUCUUAACUAAAGGGAAUGAAAAACAGACACGGAAACGUCUGUUGCCCACUUACCACUGGUCUACAGAUAAGAUGAGUAACUCUACACCAAGAGGUAGAAUGAAAAAAACACUAAAGGAAUCCGACACCUGGAUGCAAGUAAUGGAUUCCUAUGGAAGACAGUGUCAUGGAGGAAAAACAUGGAUGCUGCUUGAUGC